AUGCCUCCUGGCGGGAAUUUCGGCCGCCCGGGCCGGCGAGCAGGCGGACGGCAGCGUGCCCCCAUGGGCGUCGCGCUCCUCCUGCCUUUGCUGGCGGCGGCGGCAGCCGGGCUGAGCCUGCAGCCGGGCAGGAUGCGGCACCUGGGGGUCUGCCCCAACCAGCUGAACCCCAACCUGUGGGUGGACGCGCAGAGCACCUGCGAGCGGGAGUGCCAGGCCGACCAGGACUGCGAAGGCUUCGAGAAAUGCUGCACCAACGUGUGCGGGCUGCGGAGCUGCGUGGCCGCCCGCUUCGCCGACGGCAGCCUGCCGGCACUGGCGCUGGCGCCGGCGGCCUCGUGCGAGAGCUUCGUGUGCGCGCAGCAGGGCUCCGACUGCGACAUCUGGGACGGGCAGCCCGUCUGCAAGUGCAAGGACCGCUGCGAGAAGGAGCCCAACUUCACCUGCGCCUCCGACGGCCUCACCUACUACAACAAGUGCUACAUGGACGCCGAGGCGUGCCUGCGAGGCACCCGCCUCACCACCGUCCCCUGUAAGCACAUCUUCACCUGGCCCGACACCAGCCCCAUGCCGCAGGAGACGACGGCGCGCCCCACGCCGGGAGCCGGCCCUGAGGUGCCGGUGCCCCCCGCCCUCUACAGCAACCCCUUCCACCAGUCGGUCCGCGCCGGCGGCACCGUCAGCUUCCGCUGCGACGUCAGCGGGCGCCCGCGACCGGACAUCACCUGGGAGAAGCAGAGCGAGCGGGAGGAGAACUUCAUCAUGCGGCCGGACCAGAUGUACGGCAACGUGGUGGUCACCAACAUUGGCCAGCUGGUCAUCUACAACGCCCGCCACGAGGACGCCGGCAUCUACACCUGCACGGCCAGGAACGCCGCCGGGCUGCUCCGGGCUGACUUCCCGCUGUCGGUGGUCAGGCGGGAGCCGGGGGGGACCCCGCGGGCCAGCAGCCCCCAGCCCUUCCCCAGCGCCGAGUGCCUGAAGGAGCCGGACCGGCGGCGGUGCGAGGCGCUGGAGGUGCGCUGGCACUUCGACGCCAAGCAGGGCUCCUGCCUCACCUUCCGCUACGGGGGCUGCGGGGCCAACAGGAACCAUUUUGAGACCUACGAGGAAUGCCGGGCUGCCUGCUUGGGCAGCGCCCGCCCCACCUGCCUGCUGCCCAUGGUGCAGGGUCCCUGCCAGAACUGGGAGCCCCGCUGGGCGUACAACCACCUGCUGAAGCAGUGCCACUCCUUCGUCUACGGCGGCUGCGAGGGCAACACCAACAACUUCGAGAGCAAGGAGACCUGCGAGGACGUCUGCCCCUUCCCCAAGAGCCUGCAGUGCAAGGCUUGCCGCCUGAAGAGCAAGAUGGUGCUGAGCCUCUGCCGCAGCGACUUCGCCAUCGUGGGCCGGCUGAUGGAGAUCGUGGAGGAUCAGGACUCCGGCAUCGCCCGCUUCGCCCUCGAGGACGUCCUCAAGGAUGAGAAGAUGGGCCUCAAGUUCUUCAACAUCAAGUACCUGGAGGUGACCUUGACCGACAUGGAUUGGAGCUGCCCCUGCCCCAACAUGACGGCAGAGGACGGGCCGCUCAUCAUCAUGGGCGAGGUGCACGACGGCAUGGCCACGCUGGACCCCAGCAGCUACGUCCGGGCGGCCAACGACAAGCGGGUGAAGAAGAUCUAUGAGCUGAUGGAGAAGAAAACCUGCGACCUCCUGAACCGCUUCCAGGACUAG